AUGUUACUAACAAACCAUCUUGCAACAUAUUUUAGCACAGUUUGUGCACGACAGGUGCUGCUACAGGCGCAGAACGUGGAUGACGAGCUGCCUAGGAUGUACAAGGCAACGCAGAACAAGCAGCUGAAGGAGAAGGAGGCGGCCGUCCUCCUCGACGGCGUGAGCAUCAAGUUUGACGAGGUCGAGGAGGCCGUAAAGGCCCUCGAGUUCUUCAGGGGAACCGAGAGCGUCCUUGGAAACCUGAACGAGAUCACCGAGGAGCUGAAGACGAAGAGCCGCUCCUUCGAGGGCGACCUGCGAACGGGCGUCUUCAGCUUCGUCGUCUUCUUCUCAGACAGCCCCAGCAACCUAAAACGGAUCCAGGAGCUGAAUGGGCAAAAUGACUUCAAAAUAAUGAUCAGCACCGAUAAGGCGGCAGCCAAGAAGCUGGGCGCCUCGUUUCCUGGAAUUGUCGCCUACAAUGCACGAGACCGAAACUGCAGUGCCAUGGACUUCCCCAGCGACCUGAAGACCCUUGCGGCCGAGAUCACCCUGAGCUCGUUCGAGAAGAUCAGUGCUGAGAACAUCAGGCUCUUUCAGACGUAUCCAAAGAAGAUGCUCUACUUCAUCACGAGGGAGGAGAUCGACUACGAUGAGGCAUUCAGGAAGUACCAGCCUGAGGCAGUGAAGGCAGCCAAGGAGUGCAAGGUGAUCUUCUUCAGACCAGAGGACGUGCCUGUUCUCGACAAGCUCCUUCACCUCGAGAACGAGGAGUAUCCCGUGAUGCUCCACAUGGACGAGAGCAGCAAGCACGUUGUGAAGCGGGUGACGCCUGGCAACUUCGCUGACUCGGUCCAGAGGCUGCUCAAGGGAAAGGGAGAGCGAACCACUUUCAGGUCGGUGAUUCCCGAGGACAACAAGGACCGUCUGGUUCGGGUGGCAAACACGGACACUCUUUCGGGAAUCAGGGCAGACAAAUCAGUUGACAGGCUGUUCGUCUUCAGCAACCCAAGCUGUGGCCACUGCAAGCAGCUGAUGCCUGUGGUGGAGGCAUUGUCGAAGAUUCUGGCCAACAAGAAGGUGAAGAUCGAGUUCUACAACUACAACGUGGUUGAGAAUGAGCAGAUUGCGGAUAUUGCAGUGCCAACGGUGCCAAAGCUCUUUUUCAAGAAGCAGGGAAGUGUGGAAAUGGUCAACAUCGACUCAUUACGGGACAUACCAUCACUGUUGAAACACAUUAGUGAGAAUGGGGUAUCAAGCAAGGUGAAUUUGGAUGACUACAAGGAGCAUCUGCCAAAGGAGAGUACUAAGGAGAGUGAGAAGGAGAAGGAGAGUGAUGACGAUGAGGAGAAGAUCAAGAAAGACGAGAAGGAAAGUGAGAAGGAAGGAAAGAAAGAGGGAGAGAAGGAAGGAGAGAAACAAAGAGAAGCACUCUAA